AUGGGACCGCGAAAGCGCAGCCGCUCGGAAGCCAUCGAUGUCUCUGAAGAGCAGAGCAACGAAGCACCCGGUCUGCUUCAGCGCCUUCGGAGUAGCUGGCAAUUUGCUAAUGUUAUGCAAUACAUCCACAUAUUUGGCAAGCUCAUGAAGAUUGACGAGGACUUCGGCAUCGAGGAUCUCGAGGAUGAGUGCCUCAAGCCCGAACCUUCCUACGAGUUGCUCGAAAUCGGACUGUGCUUGCUCAAAUGGGUGUCGUCGCACCGUGGCUUAACAUUUGAGAAUUUCGACGAGUACACUAGACGCCAAUACAAUGCGAAAGCUCCGCAUCUGACCAACCCGUUCGGCUAUGAAGACAUGCCCCUUCGGUUUUUGGACUUUGAUAUCUUCACCAAACUCAGUGUCUUGCAGCAGUUGUCUGUGUGGACUUUUUGGAACCCGGAUCGCAUCCGUGAAAAAAUGCCCGAGAAGAAGGAUUCGGAGCAGUUGGAGUGGCGCAUUGAAGAAUUUGGGUAUGACCAUGACGGGCGAUCCUACUAUGUCCUUGACGACAACCGACUUUAUCGCCGAACAGACCCUCCUAUCCCUGCGCCGCAACGACCUAAGAAAAAGCCAAAAUCCAGAACCUCACGUGGAUCCCGUGCUUCGAAGCGAUUCUCCGCCGCGGGUGCCGAUGAGCAGUCCGAAACGGAGCAGCUUAAUGGGAAUGAGGUCGACGUCUUCCCUAACUUCAAAUGGGAAUGCGUCGCCGUGACCCUUCCCGAAUACAACGCAUUCCUGGAUACCAUUCGCAAAAGUAAGGAUGCGGAUGACAAGUAUUUGCGCAGUCAAAUUGAGGAGCACAUUCUCCCCUUGCUGGAGAAGGCAGAGGAGGCUCAACAACGCAAACGGAUCAAGCGAGAGAAGGAGCUGCAGCAAAUGCAAAUGCUUGCUGGGGCCAAGCGAUCUAGCCGACUGGCUGCCAAGGAAGAAAAAGAGCGUGCUGAUCGCGAAGCCGCCGAGGCAGCUCGCAAGAGGGAAGCUGACUUGGCCGAGGCUCGAAAGGAGCAGGCUCGGCAGAAGCAGAUGGAACAUGAGCGCAAGUCCAGAAUGAUGACUCGCGAGCAACGGAUCAAAGAUCGCGAGCACAAGCGCAUCUUGCAUGAGGCCGAACUCGAGCGCCUGGCCACCGAACAGGAGAAGCUCGAGCGUGGGGAGGGUCGAGUCUCUGCUCGGCACCUCAAGGCGGAGAUGGAGCGGUCGCAGAAGAACCUGGCAGCCCUCACCGAGGAAGAUGAGUGGAUCUUUGACUGUUCAGGUUGCGGUAUCCACGGCGAGAACCUGGACGACGGAAGCCACAGCGUCGCAUGCGAGAAAUGUAACGUGUGGCAACACAGUAACUGCCUUGGAAUUAAGAAGGAAGAUGCCGAAAAGGACGACUUCCAUUUCAUCUGCGCCGACUGCAAGCAGAAAGAAGAGGAAGCUAAUCGGCCCAAACUUCCACCCUUGAAGUUCCGAGUCAGCACGACCCCUUCGCCGUCGGGGACAAUGAAAGAGACCCGACCGGAGGAGGAACGGCAGAUAAUGUCUUCCCCAACGAAACAAAGCCACGAUGCUUUGUCUCGGAUUCAAGAUGAAUCACAUGGAAGGCUUGAUUCUCAGCCUGGUCUCCCCUCGCUUUCAGCUCAGAAUCCAUCCUUCAUGCAGGGACAGCAACAAUUCCACAUCCCCUCCUCGCCUCAACGUCUCCCCCGGCCUAGAGCUGACUCUAAUCUACCCUCAUCGAGCCCUCCACGGCCACCCUUCUCGCCCUCAAAGGGUUCCAACGGAUCUGCUCAGUUGUCACCCAUCAAAUCCUCUCUCUUCGAAACUGGCUCUGGCUCGCAUGCCUUGCCCCCGAUGCAGCCCGGGCAUCAUCUUCCCUCUCUUGGGUCUUUCCAGUCCGGUCGGCCCUCGUCUUCCCCGUCUGGAUAUGGUCCGGCGACAAAUCAUCCGUCGAUGUCUCCCUCGCAGGGAAACCACGAUGUAGGGCCUCUCGCGGGUGUUCCGUCGGGCAGCUUGGCAACUGGGCCUGGACAGCGGUCGUCGUUCGACAGCUACGCCACGCCCCGACCGCAAUCUGGGUAUGGUGGUGGAAACCACGCCAUGUCCAGCAAUUACCCUUCGUUCUCGUCCACGGCCACUCCAAACGGGAACAAUUCUUCUCCUCCUCGUAGCUCGCAUGGGAUGGGCAUGUCCGGAAUCAGCCCAACCAAGCAAUCUCCUCGGCCCAUCACUGCAGGCGGGAUGGCCGGGGCACCUGUGCUGCCUCCGAUCCGCAGGUUAGAGCCGAGCCCCAAAUUGAUGGGCCGAAGCUCGCCCGACGCGCCCAUCCCAGCUCCCAUUAAGUGCAUGACACCCGAGCAGGAGGAGCGUCGUCAACGAGAAAAUGCUGCCUUUGGCCAUGGACAAGCAUUUUCGGUCACCGGCCAAGCCCACCCGAUGUCGUCUCCCUCCCUGAAUCGAAUUCCGCCAUUGGGUCCUGCUGCCCUUGCUCAGCAGCAUCCUGAGAUGAUGUCGCCAUCAAGAAAUGGAGGAGAUGGCGGGCGGACAUAG